GAAAGUUACUGGAACGAUGAAUCGACUGCUAGUGGCGCCGUGAUGGUGUAGAAGGGAAACUCCCAAAAAUUGUACAAUUCUCUUUGGGUGUGGUGUUUUUUUAGUGAUUUUCCUAAAGUUUUCCUGCAAGAAAAGUGCCUUUCAGCAAUGAAUAUCAUAGCCGUGGUGUUUGUGGUGCUUCCUAUUGUGUGUUUGGGCCAGAGAACGCCCUCAAUAUCAUACAUAACACAGGAACAAAUCAAAGACAUUGGAGGGACUGUCGAACUUCAAUGCUCCGUUCAGUACGCCAAGGAAUACGCCGUGGUGUGGACAAAAACUGGCCGAGACAGGAGCGAUAGUGUUUUCCUGUCCACAGGCAGUUCACUGGUGAUCAAAGAUUCACGAUUUGCCAUCAGACAUGAUAUCUCUUCAUCCACCUAUACACUCCAAAUUAAGGACAUUCAGGAGACGGACGCCGGCAUUUAUCAAUGCCAGGUGAUCCUUUCUGUGGUCAAUAAGAUCACUGCAGAUGUAGAACUUCAAGUGCGACGCCCUCCCGUGAUCUCAGACAACUCCACACAGUCCAUUGUGGCGUCCGAAGGCAAAUCUGUUCAGAUGGAAUGCUAUGCUGCUGGAUACCCAAGGCCCACAAUCACCUGGCGCCGCGAGAAUAACGCCAUCCUACCCACAGGUGGCAGUACGUACACGGGAAAUGUUCUGAAGAUCAAUUCUGUGCGGAAGGAAGACCGUGGUACCUAUUACUGCGUGGCUGACAAUCAGGUGAGCAAAGGUGACAGGAGAAACAUCAAUCUUGAAGUGGAAUUUGCACCUGUGAUUACUGUUCCGAGGCCACGUCUUGGUCAAGCAUUGCAGUAUGACAUGGAUCUCGAGUGUCACAUUGAGGCCUAUCCACUGCCGGCAAUUGUUUGGGUGAAAGAUGAGGUGCAUCUGUCCAAUAAUCAGCACUACAGUAUUUCUCAUUUUGCCACGGCUGAUGAAUUCACAGAUUCCACUUUGAGAGUAAUUACGAUCGAGAAGCGACAGUAUGGAGAUUAUAUUUGCAAGGCAAUUAAUAAGUUGGGUCAGGCAGAGGCAAAGGUGCAUCUGUUUGAGACGGUUAUUCCUGUGUGUCCACCAGCUUGUGGUCAAGCUCACUACGGUGAAGCUUCAACAGUUCCCAUUUCCAGUGUGAUCAUCAUUCUGGGUGCAAUUGCGGUGCUCCUUAGAUAAAUGAUGAGAUUUAGUGGGAAGGAAAAGAGAUCAUAGGCACCUUGCAAGGGAGAUUUCCGUCCGAAAGACCUCAGGGUUAUCCUGAUCUUAUUGAGGAGACUUUUUUUUACUCCUCAAAACACUCGAAUUAUAAAUAUUUCGAAUAUUUUAACCAAUCAGAUAAGGAAGAAAAACUUCAUUCCUCCACUAACUAUACGUUCUAGAAGGAAAGGGGGCGUCCUCAUCUUUUUUUUUUAUUCAGAACAUCUUUUAGGAAAGUAAUUCGAGUAGUUACUUGCCCCUUUAAUAUCAAAUAAUUGAACAAGUGUUCAAAAAAAAAAAAAAAAUCACAUUUGCAAAAAUAUUUUGCAGAAUAUUUUAAUUAUUCCCCCUCUCUGGAGGAUUUCCCCGGAACAUUCCAUCGGUACAAAAAGUCCACAAUUUCUUAAACUAGAUUUAAGCAGUACAAUACGUCCAUGUAAAAUUAACAAACUUGAAUUAGAAUUUACAAUUAUUGAAAGAAACUCCAAGCAAUUCCUCAAGGUUUUCUCUCGAGGAAUUAUCUAGAUUACUUUUUACACUCAGCGAUAGUAGAAAAAUCUUUUCAACAAAGAUAUGACAAGUUGAAAAUGAUUUGCAAAGAAAUGUGCCUCUUUUUCAGAAAAAAACGUAUCCGUCCAUUUGGUGGUAUUUAAAUCAACGAAAAAGUCUGUAAAAGAAUCUUUUAUCAAUUUUUUAUGUAGCGAGAAUCAAAAUAAAGAUCUAGGAUAAA